GAUGCAGGAUGGCUGAGCGCGCCGGAGCCCGGGAGGUCUGAGCCGGACGGGCAUUGCUCCCUGAGCAUCGCCUGGUCCGCCCGCCUCGUGGCCGCGGGCAGGUGGGCCCGGGGCGCAGGCCGGGGGCUGGAGGUCAUCAGCGGGGCGGCCCAGCCGACAGGAGGCUCUCCUUCCCGGUGGCGGAGCCGCGGGGCCGUCCGGGGCAGGGUCGCGAUGACCUGCUGAGGAGCUGCGGGAGGCUGCGGGAGGCGGCCUAGCUGCGGGCAGCGGUUGGUUCGCGGCCUCCUCGGUGGCGCUGCCCAGCCCGGCCCCCCACCCAUCCCCGCGUCCCCUCCUGCCGCGGCCCGAGAUGGCGGAUCCAGCCGAAUGCAGCAUCAAAGUGAUGUGCCGGUUCCGGCCCCUCAACGAAGCGGAGAUCCUCCGCGGGGACAAAUUCAUCCCCAAAUUCAAAGGCGACGAGACGGUGGUGAUCGGGCAAGGGAAGCCGUACGUCUUUGACAGAGUUUUGCCGCCCAACACAACCCAAGAGCAGGUCUACAAUGCCUGUGCGAAGCAGAUUGUCAAAGAUGUCCUUGAGGGUUAUAAUGGGACAAUUUUUGCAUACGGGCAGACUUCAUCAGGAAAAACCCAUACCAUGGAGGGGAAGUUGCAUGACCCUCAGCUUAUGGGUAUUAUACCGAGGAUUGCACACGAUAUUUUUGAUCACAUCUAUUCGAUGGAUGAGAACCUGGAGUUUCAUAUCAAGGUUUCCUAUUUUGAGAUCUACUUGGACAAAAUAAGAGACUUGCUUGAUGUAUCCAAGACCAACUUGGCUGUUCAUGAAGAUAAAAACAGAGUCCCCUAUGUAAAGGGAUGUACCGAGAGGUUUGUGUCAAGCCCAGAGGAGGUCAUGGAUGUGAUAGAUGAAGGCAAAGCAAACCGACAUGUGGCUGUAACAAACAUGAAUGAACACAGCUCUAGGAGUCACAGUAUCUUCCUGAUUAACAUUAAACAAGAGAAUGUGGAGACUGAAAAAAAACUCAGUGGGAAGCUGUAUUUGGUUGAUUUGGCUGGGAGCGAAAAGGUCAGCAAAACUGGUGCCGAGGGAGCUGUUCUCGAUGAAGCUAAAAAUAUCAACAAGUCUCUGUCUGCUCUUGGAAAUGUGAUCUCUGCCUUGGCAGAAGGGACAAAAACACAUGUGCCAUACCGGGACAGCAAGAUGACUCGGAUUCUCCAGGAUUCUCUCGGUGGAAACUGUAGAACGACGAUUGUCAUUUGCUGUUCUCCUUCAGUCUUCAAUGAAGCCGAGACCAAGUCCACGCUGAUGUUUGGACAGAGAGCAAAGACCAUCAAGAAUACAGUCUCUGUGAACUUGGAACUAACAGCAGAAGAAUGGAAGAAGAAAUAUGAAAAAGAGAAAGAGAAGAACAAGGCCUUGAAGAGUGUCAUCCAGCAUCUGGAAAUGGAGCUGAACAGGUGGAGGAAUGGGGAAGCUGUGCCUGAGGAUGAACAAAUCAGUGCCAAGGACCAGAAGAGCCUGGAGCCCUGUGACAACACACCCAUCAUAGACAACAUCGCGCCUGUGGUUGUGGGCAUCUCUGCCGAAAAGGAGAAGUACGACGAGGAGCUCUCUAGUCUGUACCGACAGCUAGAUGAUAAGGAUGAUGAAAUUAACCAGCAGAGCCAGCUGGCUGAAAAGCUAAAGCAACAGAUGUUGGAUCAGGAUGAGCUUCUAGCUUCCACGAGAAGGGACUACGAGAAGAUACAGGAGGAGUUGACACGCCUCCAGAUUGAAAACGAGGCAGCCAAAGAUGAGGUGAAAGAAGUUCUCCAGGCCCUGGAGGAGCUGGCUGUCAAUUACGACCAGAAGUCGCAGGAAGUGGAGGACAAGACCAGGGCCAAUGAGCAGCUGACGGAUGAGCUGGCCCAGAAAACGACGACACUGACAACCACACAGCGAGAGCUGAGUCAGCUACAGGAGCUUAGUAACCACCAGAAGAAGAGGGCCACGGAGAUCCUGAACCUGCUGCUGAAGGAUCUGGGCGAGAUCGGCGGGAUCAUUGGGACCAACGACGUCAAGACUCUGGCAGAUGUGAACGGAGUCAUCGAAGAGGAGUUCACCAUGGCACGCCUGUACAUCAGCAAAAUGAAGUCAGAGGUCAAGUCCCUUGUGAACCGUAGCAAGCAGCUGGAGAGUGCCCAGAUGGACUCCAACAGGAAGAUGAAUGCCAGCGAGAGGGAGCUGGCAGCUUGCCAGUUGCUCAUCUCCCAGCACGAGGCCAAGAUCAAAUCUCUGACAGACUACAUGCAGAACAUGGAACAGAAGAGGCGGCAGCUGGAAGAGGCCCAGGACUCACUGAGUGAGGAGCUGGCCAAGCUCCGAGCCCAAGAAAAAAUGCAUGAAGUCAGUUUUCAAGAUAAGGAAAAGGAGCACCUGACAAGACUUCAGGACGCCGAGGAGAUGAAGAAGGCUCUGGAGCAGCAGAUGGAGAGUCACCGGGAAGCACACCAGAAGCAGCUGUCCAGACUUCGCGACGAGAUUGAGGAGAAGCAGAGAAUCAUUGACGAGAUUCGGGAUUUGAAUCAGAAGCUGCAACUGGAACAGGAGAGGCUCAGCUCUGAUUAUAACAAGCUGAAAAUAGAGGACCAGGAGAGAGAAGUGAAGCUGGAGAAGCUCCUGUUGCUCAAUGAUAAAAGGGAACAAGCCAGGGAGGACCUCAAGGGACUGGAGGAGACUGUGUCUAGAGAACUCCAGACCCUUCACAACCUGCGGAAACUCUUCGUCCAGGAUUUGACCACCCGGGUGAAAAAGAGUGUGGAACUGGACAGCGACGAUGGAGGGGGUAGUGCUGCCCAGAAGCAGAAGAUCUCCUUCCUGGAGAACAACCUGGAGCAGCUUACCAAGGUGCACAAGCAGCUGGUCCGGGACAACGCAGAUUUGCGCUGUGAACUUCCCAAGCUGGAGAAGAGGCUGCGUGCUACUGCAGAGCGUGUGAAGGCCUUGGAGAGUGCACUGAAAGAGGCCAAGGAGAAUGCCAUGAGGGACCGAAAGCGCUACCAGCAGGAGGUGGAUCGCAUCAAGGAGGCUGUUCGAGCCAAGAACAUGGCCAGGAGGGCACAUUCGGCCCAGAUCGCCAAGCCCAUCCGCCCAGGACAUUAUCCAGCAUCAUCUCCAACAGCUGUCCAUGCCGUCCGAGGAGGAGGUGGCUCUUCAAACUCCACCCACUACCAGAAGUAAAUACAGAAUCUGACUCCAUGUAGCAUGAAAAGGACUAUAUUAGUCAUCAGUUCCUUUACUUCCCCCAACUAUACAGUUUCCAUUUCUUUUUACACUCGCUUGCCCAGCCGUCUGUAGUACACCAGAUUCGGGUGUUUGCGUUGUAUAGAAUUUGUGUGCACAGAUCCGUGUGUGGAUCCUUCUCCUAAGAAAUCGGAAGGAGGUGGUUACACAGUGCCUACUUCCUGCUUGGAACGGUUACCACUUCUCGGCCUCCAGGGUUGCGUGGUCUCUGGAGGUCCCUGCAGUGCACUGACCCAUUGGAAUGGAACACCCCGCUGUGCCAUCCGAGAGGGACAACCAAGUGGUGUGGAAUCGGUGACCAUGCUCUGCCUCGACUGUCUGGUUUUCUGUAAAAUAAACACAUUACUUUAUAUUUUUAGGGAACAAAAAACAAAAACAAAAGUGCUGCUAUAGGGUUCAAAAUUUUCAUUCUGAACACUUUUCCAAAAGCAACCCCAGAGAGCAUUUUAAAUAUCCUGGUCAUACCUUUGGAUCUGUAAAAUAUACCUUUUAGUAUGGCAACUGUUAAAAUGCAAAGCAGAUUUCUUCAAGGCAGGAAAAACAGCUUGACAAUAGCAGUGUAGAAUUUGCUCAUUCAGACACAUCUACGAAAACGCAGAGUCAUACCAUUCACCUCCAAGCUGCUUGCUGGCAAACCUGCAGCGACUCAUCUCUGCCAGCCCAGUUGUUUGAACACCAUUCCUAUAGAAGUAUUGAAAAUGCUGCAGAAUUGAGAUGGGCUGCCUCCCCUCCUCAUCACUUCCUCCAGAUCCUCUGAACCUGCACUGGGAUAGCCUCUUUCUCUAGCAAACCAUCAUUUGCUUGAGGAGCCAUUGCUAAAGAAAUCCAGCGUCAUUCCAGUGUUUGGAAAAGAAUUCCCUGGGGAGAAAGUCACUGAUGAGAUUCAUGCCUGCGUUUUUAUUGUAACCCAUCAUUGUAAAACUGCUGAUUUGAAUUCUUUCUUCGGCACCAAAUAGGCUUUUUCUUCUUCUAGGCACAGUUAAGAGGUGGGGGAAAAAUGAGUAUAACCAGAUUGGGUUUUUUGUACAUUUAGAUAUGACUUUAUUCAGCUCCAUGAAUCUAAAGGUGACUCCCUUACAUUCAGUUGGGCAUACUAAAAGGAUCCGUUGCCAAGUAGUGGAGUGCAAGAGAAACUGACAAGUUUAAGUAACUUAAGUAAGUUGAUCUUAUGUGCUGCUAUUUGUUUUCAUUAAUUUGAGGGCUUAGUUAGUAACAUUCCCAUCCAUCUCAGAGAAAUUAUCCUUCUUGUCAUCUUAGGUGCCCAAGAAGUGUGAGCUUGCUCUGUCUUCUGCAGCUGACACCACUGGAGUAAAGUUUACGCCAGGGGGAGACUUUGGGUUUUCUCAUGGCAGAAAAAGUGGAAGUAGGUAAUAUGUGUGCUUAUACACAGACAUGUGUGUAGAAUGCUGAGGGUCAUGUAUGCUACCUUCCCGAUUCUUUCUACAUAGACUUCACCUAACAAAGCAAUACUGCUUUCACUUAAUUCAUUUGUUAGCUGUUGCCCUUCAUUUACAGUGUUGUGUUUUUAACUGGGCAGGAAAAGGCAACUUCUAUUGAAGUACUUAUUUUACAACGAUGAUUUGGGGUUUGUUUAACUGUGUUCACUUUGUUUAAUUUUGUUGCCACUGUCUGCUCAACAUAACUGUUUGGCUGCUGUUUGGAGUCCAAUGGAAGGGUCUUUUGCAGGGCAAGUUUGCAAAUCUUAUCCAGUACUAACUAAUGCCGGAUUAGAAGCUUGUUCUCUGUGUUUUCCUCUGGCUUUGAGAGCUGAAAUAUUGGCCUUCAAGAGGCCCACCAAGCAGACACUUCUCGUCCACAGGGCCCUGUUAGUAUCUUUUAGACAACUGUGCUACUUCGUGUUUGGAAAUCGAGCAUAGGCCAGUAAUAGCCUGCUCUUGUCUUUCAUUAACAGCCAUUACUAAAUGGAUGAUUUUAGAUUAUUUCUAAAGCAAUUUCCCCCCAGGUUCCCUUUUUCUGCUUCUGAAGAACUGUGGGUCACUUUCAAGUUUUAAGAGGCAGCAUUCAUUUGUAGUUCACAUUACUUGAUCUCUACAAGGGCUUUACAAAAUUCACUCUGCUUUUAUUCACAGAGAAAGUUGACUUUGAUGUCUUUUAGAGAUGAUUCUGCUAGUUGCUGAUCAGCCAGUCAGUUCAUGUAGCGCCAGUCUUUAUAAGACCUCUAAUCUAAUUUUCUCACACUGUGACUAAAAGCCAGACACAUCAUUGGAACAGAUUAUGUGGUUUAUUCAAGUGAUCCCUUAUCUCACUUUAUCUAUUAAUUCUCUUAUCAGGUCAGUGGACUCUCAGGCAACUUCGGUAAAAGGCCAUGUUUAUAAAAUUUUCAUUGUUGCCAGACUAUUAGAUCCUAUACCCUAAACCCAAAAAUCCCUCUUCUGAACAGCCAGGCGGAUGCUUUAAUUUUCGGUCAUAUGCUGCAUAUUGCUGGCAUAUAUGUUAAUCUGUAUUCUCCUCUGAGUAGUUACUGUCUCAUGCCUACUUCUUGAAAGUUUACUCUGAGGUGCUGGAUGAGAAGAGCCAGAUGGUUUAUACAAAUAACCUCUACCUGCAGGACAGUGGGGUGCUAAUUAUGAGUGUUAUUGAAGGAUAGAAGUUAUAACACCAACUGCAUUUGGUCAGUUCUUAGAGAAUCCUGUAUGUAGGUCUCAUCUUGUCAAGUACUGAGCAGUUUGCUUAAUUGGAUGGCAGGUAUAGGACAGUAAGAAGCGUUAUGCCUUUUAAAGGAUGUAGAGUUGCAUGGUGAAGAAAAUAACAAUUUGUAGAAAUGUUGGAAUAAAUGAAGGGAUGAAAAUAUUUGUCUAGAAUGUAGAUCCAGUGACUCCUGGAAGCCUUCAAGCCCAUGUAGAGAAGUGAUUUUUUUUGGUCUCGAGACGGUACCAAGGCUUCACCAGAGCUUGAGAGGGUGGGGCUCUUAUCAGCUUCACUUUCCUAGAAGAAAAGUAAAGGAACACAAAGCUUCCAUAGUCCCUUCCUUUAAAGGUCAGGCGCCAUUGGGACUCUAGUUAGAAGACAUUGGGAAGCCUGUCAUUAGCUGAAGUUUGUCUCUGGGCCAAGUUCCACCUCAUUGUCUCAUCCUGACUAUCUUGAGCAAGCUAAAGAGUCAUCACUGUUUAAAACUGCUUCACAACAUAAUUUUGAGUUGUUAAACAAAUACUGUGUAAGGACCAGAUAACUGCCAAAGGAAGCACUGGUCUAUGAAGUCUGCUUAGUUACUGAAAAUUGUGUAUCGAUUUGAAACACUUCCCAUGUGUGCAGAUACAAGGGGAAUAGGGCUUUCUGUAGAAUUCUGUCUAGUUUGUAAAGUGUUGUGUGUAUGCAGAUGUGUGUUCUCUGGGCUUUAUGUUCUGUACAAUAGAUUCCAGUCAAAAAAUUGUGGAUAAACUUGUUUCUGUGGUUUGAUGGGGAGAAUGUAUUUAAAUAGCUAUCCUGUGAGAUAGAAAUUUCCCCAAAGAUCUGGAAGUAACCCUCCCUGGCCCUUGGGAAACUCUUGGUUAUCCCCGAGGUUCUAAAAUGAAGAUGUAUGGAUACUCUGGCAGACUGCAUGUUGUAUAAUUUGAAAAUACUCAAAACUGGAAAAUAAAACUGAGUUAAACUUUGA